AUGGUAAGAGGGGGAGUGGAGAGGAUGAACAUGAACCAUCAUCGGCAGAGAGGUUCUGGAGCUGUGUUGAAUAAUAAAGUGGUAGCUCUGAAGGAAAUCCGACUUCAGCCAGAAGAGGGCGCUCCCUUCACUGCCAUCCGAGAAGCUUCCCUGCUGCGUGGCCUGAAACACGCGAAUAUCGUCACCCUUCAUGACAUCAUCCACACAAGAGAAACACUCACAUUCGUCUUUGAAUAUGUUCAUACAGAUCUCAGUCAAUAUCUGGAAAGACACCCAGGAGGCCUUCAUCCCAAAAAUAUAAAACUUUUCUUAUUCCAAUUACUAAGGGGUCUUGCCUUCUGUCAUCAAAGAAGAGUUCUCCACAGGGAUUUGAAACCACAGAACCUACUGAUCAGUGAAACAGGAGAACUUAAACUCGCAGAUUUUGGUCUGGCGAGGGCCAAAUCCGUCCCCAGUCAUACGUUCUCACACGAAGUGGUGACGUUAUGGUACAGACCUCCUGACGUGCUGCUGGGAUCCACCAAUUACUCCACGUCACUCGACAUGUGGGGUGUUGGUUGUAUCUUUAUCGAGAUGGUAAUCGGAAAAGCAGCUUUCCAGGGCAUGAAAGACACGAUGGACCAGCUGGAUAAAAUAUGGAGAGUACUGGGAACGCCUACAGAAGAGACGUGGGACGGUGUCACAGAAUUUCCUAACUACAAACCUCAAAAAUUCGGUCAUCACAAGCCACAGGUUUUGUCCGCAGCUUUUCCAAGGCUAACAGAAAUAACUCUAGGAGAAAAAUUAGCUCAAAGUUUUCUACAGUUACAACCCCGGUUAAGGAUAUCAGCGAGCGAGGCUAUUCGACACGCUUACUUCAAGGAAUUACCGCCCAAAAUUUAUGACCUGCCAGAACAAGUAUCUAUUUAUACAGUAUCCGGAUGCAAAUUACAUCCCGAAAUCAAUAAUAUUCAGACUGUGAUUAAAAUCAAGCAAUGA